AUGGCAACGCUGACGGUGAGGCAGGCGGCCGAGCGUCUCGGCAUCGGCUACUCGACCCUCAAGCACUGGAUCUACCGCGGCGGCGUCCGCACCACCCGCACCGCCGGCGGACACCACCGGAUAUCCGAAGCCGAGGUCGAACGCCUGCUCGCCCGCACCGGCCGGCCGCCCUCCCGCCCCGAGGGCGGCGCGCGCGGCGGCGGCGUGCUCGUGCGCAUCAGCGGCCGCAACCGCCUGCAGGGCAUCGUCGACGAGGUGCGGCGCGAGGGCCUCGUCGCCCAGGUGCGCCUCCGCAUCGGCGACCAGUGGCUGACCGCGGUCAUCACCCGCGACGCCCUCGACGAGCUGGGAUUGAAACGCGGCGACGAGGCGACGGCGCUGAUCAAGGCGACCGAAGUGAUGAUCGCGAAGGAGGCGCCGCGGGACGAGCGCGCCACGCCCCCCUCGGAGCACCCCUCCGUCCACGGAACCCUGAAGUCAGCCGUCGGUGGCGGCAGCCCCGCUUCAGCGUCCAGCCGAUUCGGCUGA